AUGGUCCGUACGGUAGAUCUCCUGAACGGCGACUUCACGGUUCAUAUUGACCGAACCACGGGUGCAGUCCUAGAGAUCGUAGAUCCUAGCGCUGAUAAUCCACUCAACUGGGUCAGUUCCCCGGGAAAUGCACCUUGGCAGCCUCUGGGGAGUCGCUGGGGUCUUGGUUUCGCAGACCUUGGUGCCAAUCUGCUCCACCGAGUUCAUUGGAACAACCCUCACAUUGAAGGCUCGAGUGCUCACGAUGCCACUGAGGCCAAGUACUGCUACGGUCCGCUUGAAGUCCUCGUCAGCCGUCGCUUGAACAGCGACACUGGGGCUUUCACGGAAACAUACGAGUUCACCAACCGAGGAACCUCACCGUUAAAUCUCUGCGCCAAAGGACCACAAUCAUUGGCUAUUUACACGCCAUUCAAUGACCAUUAUACGAAUACCACGGAUGCCUUAGCAGCCCGAAUGCAUGCCCAUGUGUGGGCUCACGGCGGAAGCUCAUCAUGGGUCAAGCUGAGCCAGAUGGGCGGCCAUGGCCGUGAUCUAGGUCUAGUCCUUACUCGCGGUGCUUUAUCCGGCUACAGCAUUGAAUCUCGGGAUGAAGUUACUCAUUCGAACACAAGAGGCGUUUUCCUCCUCCACCCGACAGUCCCAAUCCUGGAUCCCGGUGACUCCAGCAUCGUUGAAUGGACUUUUUUCUGGCACAAGGGAUGGGAUGACUUCUUUUCCCAGUGUGCCCGUCGCUCAAGCCAAUUUAUCCAUCUUGAUAUUCCAAAGCACACCUUGGUCAGCGGCGAGAGUGUCACGAUACGGAUGAGGGGCAGCCCUGCAGCCAUCAACUCGACAACCACAAUCAACGGCCACCCUGUUCAUCAAACUAGGGAAGGGUUCAGCUUUAUCCAUCAUGCUGGGGCUUUUGGGGAGAAAGCCUUGCGCAUCUCGACUGGGUCAGGAGUCGAUCUUCGAGAAUGUCAUAUUUUUCUCAAUACUGUUCCUGAAUAUGAUGAUUUGAUUCGGAGCCGCAUCAACUUCAUACUCGAGAAACAACAAGUCACCAACCCGAGCGACUUUUUGUAUGGCGCCUACAUUGUCUACGACAAUCAAGCAGAAGCGCCGCCGUUCUAUGAGACUCAACAGGAUAGGAACGCGGGCCGUGAACGUGUUGGCAUGGGUGUUCUAAUCGGCCGAUGGCUGAAGAAGUAUCCAGACAACAGGUUGCAGCAGUCAUUUUCCGCGUAUUACUCCUUUGUUUGUACGAAGCUUCAGGACAAGGACGGAUUCGUGUAUGAUGCGCCUGUUGGCACCGGAACCAGCAGUCGCAAGCGGUUGUACAACUGGCCUUGGGUACUACAGCUUCAUCUUGUUGCUGCAGCUAUCGGUAUUCCAGCUCUGUCUGGCAAAACACCACUCGAAAGAUUCAUGCUGACUCUUGAGAACUUCUACGAGGAGGGUGGUGAGACGCUGUAUGCCAUCGGCCUGCCUAUUCUCGAGGGCUUGCGCACACUUCAGGCAUCUGGUAAUCUGAAAUCGCUUGAGAGGGCCAAAGAUUUGUUCACUGGGCAUGGUCGGAAUAUUCUGAAGCGUGGCACAAAUUAUCCUCCGUUUGAAGUCAACUUCGAACAGUCUAUUGUUGCUCCGGCAGCAAAUAUCCUGCUGGAGUUGUAUCGAUUUACACAUGACGAGACAUGGCUGGAAGGAGCACGAGCACAAAUGGAGGUACUUUUGCGAUUUGCUGGUAAGCAGCCAGACUAUCGCGUCCACGACAUUGCCAUUCGCCACUGGGACGGCCAUUGGUUUGGGAAAGAUCGUAUGUGGGGAGACACGUUCCCUCACUACUGGAGCACCCUCAAUUCUAUCGCUUUGCACCAUUAUAGCAAGGCAACAGGGGACGAAGUAUCUCGGAAACAAGCGGAAGGUAUUUUGCGCGGGAAUAUCGCGCUGUUCACUCCCGAAGGUAGGGGGUCUUGCGCCUGGAUAUAUCCAACCUCUGUAAACGGCCGAGCUGGACACUACAAGGACCCGUAUGCCAAUGACCAGGACUGGGCUCUGGCGCAUCUUCUACAGCUCGAGGAGGACGACGCAAUCUCGACUGAGGAAGUUUUGUCUUGA